UCCGUCUUUCCAUUCAUUUCAUCAUUUCUCUUUCUCUCUCUAAAAUCGACCUGAUUCGCCAUUCUCUCUCCCUUGCACUCUGAUCCAUUAUCUAUCUCUCAAAGUCCCUCUGAUCCAUCCCUCCGUUCCAUCCUCUCUCUAUCUCUCGUUUGGAUCCUUUCUCGACAUUGUUACCGUGUUUGUCUCUCCUGAAACAUGUCCGGAUUCGACACUUUCAGCCAUGAUGGGGAGGAGCCUAGGGCUUCAUCUCGCCCAUUCGAUGAUGAUGGCUACAUUGGCUACGACCCCCGCCUUCCGUCUCAGCGCUACAAUUCCUCCUCUUUCCCCACUUUUGCAGACGAUUCCAAGGAUUCCACUGAUCUCCCACUUGAGUAUCACGGAACCUAUGGUGAUGAUGAGCUCCCCGUUGAAAGCUCAUUAGAGAACCCGUCUUCUCCUCCUCCCAUUCACCAUUCUUCUUAUGGUUACCAUUCGGAGGGUCAUCACCACGAGGCUUCGGAGUAUUCGGGGUUUCAGGAAAUGUCGGAUUCGAAUGGGAAUGUUUAUGGGAGUGGGGAUUACUCUGAUGGGGUCUUUGUUUCUGAUGGGCCAGUUCUUCCUCCACCCACUGAAAUGCAGCCUGAGGAAGGUUUUAUUCUUCGCGAAUGGAAACGACAGAAUGCCAUCCAGCUUCAAGAGAAAGAGGCAAGGGAAAAGGAAUUGCUGAAUGAAAUAAUUACCCAAGCUGAUGAAUACAAACGGGAAUUCUAUGAGAAGAGGAAGGUUAACUGCGAAACCAACAAGAUCAACAAUCGCGAGAGAGAGAAGCUCUUUCUAGCAAAUCAGGAGAAGUUCCAUGCGAAUGCAGACAAGCAGUAUUGGAAGGCAAUUGCAGAGCUUGUCCCCCACGAGAUCUCAAGCAUUGAGAAGAGGAGGGGUAAGAAGGAGCAAGAGAGGAAGCCUUCCAUUGUCGUGGUUCAGGGGCCCAAGCCCGGCAGGCCUACUGACCUUUCGAGGAUGCGUCACAUCCUAUUGAAGCUCAAGCACACCCCUCCACCCCACAUGAUCCCUCCUUCCCCACCACCCGAGCCUAAGCCUGAAGAUGCUGCAACACCCACUGAAGCUGCAAAGCCCAAUGAAGAGGUCCCAACUAAGGAGCCUGAACCUGAGCCCAAUAAGCCCAAGCCUAAGCCCGCUCCUAAGAAGGCCGAUCCCAAUCCAUCACAAGCAGCUCGCAGAGCCCCUAAAGUCGAGGAUGUCAUGCAAGAUGCCCCUUCUGAGCCUGAAGCUGGUGCUUGAGGAGAAGUCCACUUCGUUACACGUAUUUUCUACCAUUCUUUUCGGGAAAGUAUACAAUAGGACCAUGUAUCUUCGAUGCAAAAAGUUCACAAUCACCCUUUCGUUGUCAGGUGUGAAAUUGGACAGCUAAGUGGGUACCUUUGAGUACUCUAGAAUUCUGAGGCCAAUUAUCCAAUUUUACAUCUCACAGUUUGGCGUGUUAAUGACCUUUAUGUAAGAAAGCAUCGGUCUCAUUGUAGACAGGCCCUUUUUUUAUUUUUUUUUUUUUUUUGAUAUUUUGGUUUUUGGAAGUGCCUUUGUUUUUUCCUGGCCUUCUCAUAUUUCAGUCUAGGGUUUAGUGCUACUCGUAGUGAAUAAGAACAGAUUUUUUUGUUUUUUGGUGCUCUUGGCGAUGCGGAGCUUUUUUUGUUUUUACAAUGGUUUUACUUGCAGUUGCACUGAUGGGAUUAGAAAGGUUCGUUUUAGAGUAGCUUGUGUUCCUUAGGUUUGGAAGGAUACACUUUAAUUUUCUUGCAACUAUUUAGGGAUGCUAUGUGGAUUCUUCUAACAACAAUAACAUAAUCCUUUCAUAUGAUGUCAAUGA